ACCAAAAACCUCAAUCAUAGACCUUCAUUAGAAAAAGCAAAUUACAAAAACAAAAAAGCUCCCUUUCCCUCUUCAACACUUGAAACUCCUCCUCCUCCGCCGCCGCCGCCGCGAUGAGAACGAGCAACCACCUGAUCGGUUUCCUGAACUUCCUAACCUUCCUCCUGUCCAUCCCCAUCCUGGGCGGCGGCAUCUGGCUGAGCACCCGCGCCAACAACACCGACUGCGUGAAAUUCCUCCAGUGGCCCAUCAUCAUCAUCGGCGUCGCAAUCAUGGUCGUCUCCCUCGCCGGUUUCGCCGGCGCCUGCUACCGCAACAUCUUCCUCAUGUACCUCUACCUCUGGGCCAUGUUCCUCAUCAUCGCCGCCCUCAUCGGCUUCAUCGUCUUCGCCUACGCCGUCACCGACAAGGGCUCCGGCCAGCCCGUCCUCAACCGCGCCUACCUCGACUACUCCCUCACCGACUACUCCGGCACCUGGCUCGCCGACCGCGUCACCAGCCCCUCCUACUGGUCCAACAUCCGCUCCUGCAUCAGAGACUCCCACGUUUGCCGCAACAUGGCCAGGAACUUCAACGGCGUCCCUGAAACCGCCGACAUCUUCUACACCAGAAAACUCACUCCUAUUCAGUCUGGAUGUUGCAAGCCUCCCACAUCAUGCGGCUACGUCUACAUGAACGAGACGUAUUGGGCGCCUGGAGCAGGGCUCGUGGGGACUGAUCCGGAUUGUUUGAAGUGGAACUACAACGACCAAGAGCAGCUCUGCUACGACUGCGACUCCUGCAAGGCUGGUGUGCUGGCAAGCUUGAAGAAGAGCUGGAGGAAGGUCUCUGUCAUCAACAUCGUCAUGCUCAUCAUCCUCGUCAUAGUGUACUGCGUCGCCUGUGCAGCCUUCAGACACAACAAGCGGAUCGACAACGACGAGCCCUAUGGGGAGACCCGGAUGGAGAAGUCGCGGCCGAGCAGGAUACACUUCUGAGUGUGAAUAACAGAGAUUUUCAAGAAAUUUAAACAGUGUGGGAUUUUCAGUUUCUUUGUCAGUGUUUAGUAGAUGAUGGGAAAGUUGCUUGGUUAGUUUUGUUUUGAAAGAAAAUAUCUUGUGUAAGUAUUUUGUUAUCAUACUCUCUUGCGUCUUCAUGAUAGGGAUCGAGAGAGAGAGAGUGUGCGUGCACAUGGAGAAGUAGUGUAUAAUACAUAUGGGGUGUUUUUGCUA